GAUCGGGUUCCGCCGCGAUCGGGUUCCGCCGCGAUCGGGUUCCGCCGCGAUCGGGUUCCGCCGCGAUCGGGUUCCGCCGCGAUCGGGUUCCGCCGCGAUCGGGUUCCGCCGCGAUCGGGUUCCGCUCUCUGCACCCUGCUGGGCGGCGGCGCUUCCGGUGGGGGGUCCGCCUUGUCUCGCGCCCUCAGCCAGGUCUUGAGCCCGGUUCCGCUGGAAACGUUUUUUAAGGGCCGGUUAUUCUUCCCGAAAUGAGCUUGGUGAUUAGGAAUCUGCAGCGAGUCAUCCCCAUCAGGAGAGCGCCGCUUCGCAGUAAGAUCGAGACUGUACGGAGGAUUUUGGGAGUGCAGGAGUUUGACCUGGGGAUCAUCUGUGUUGACAACAAGAAUAUUCAGCACAUUAAUAGAAUCUACAGAGAUAGAAAUGUCCCAACCGAUGUGCUUUCUUUUCCAUUUCAUGAGAAUCUGAAAGCAGGUGAAUUUCCCCAGCCUGAUUUUCCAGAUGACUACAAUUUGGGGGACAUUUUCCUAGGAGUGGAGUAUAUCUUCCAGCAGUGCAAAGAAAAUGAAGAUUACAAUGACAUCCUGAUGGUGACUGCCAUCCAUGGACUGUGUCACUUGUUGGGCUUCACACAUAGCACAGAGGCAGAGUGGCAGCAGAUGUUCCAGAAGGAGAAGGCGGUGCUGGACGAGCUGGGCCGACGCACUGGGACCCGGCUGCAGCCCUUGACCAGGGGCCUCUUCUGAGGGAGCUGCGGGCAGUUCCUACCGAGAGCAGGAGCGGGGUUCCCGCUGCACCCCGGCCUGGCAGCUGGCAAAUAAACCACGAAUGAAAGUA